CCGACAGGUUACCAAGCCGUCGUGUGAUUCGCCGGGAUGCCGCCCGCCCGUUUAGGACGAGACAAGGAAGUGGACGUCGAGAUUCGCGUCGGGAUGCUGAGCUCCAGAUCGGGUUCGCAGGGCCGUUCAUCGUUACGGUGCUCCAAGUAGUCCCGACCCAACUCGCAUGGAACGCAAUCCGACGAGGCGGCGCCGGCGGCGUUCAUGCUUGGCGGUGGAUCUGGAAACAUCUCUCUCUCUUUCUCUCUCUGCUGUCGUCGGUCGCGGCUCCGUCUCGAGGGCUGCGACGAUCCGGAACUGGCUGUGGUAUUUACAGCGCCCAGAGCUACAACGUCCCAAACACAAAGAAACUCUCUCAUGCUUAACCACAGUUACUGGGAUAUUAGCAUUCAUUUUGAAUUUGGGUAACAGAGAGCAGUCUACGAUGGGGCUGAUAAGAAGCAGUUUCUCUUUUUUGCUGGAAACUGGCUGUGGUAUUUACAUAGCCCAGAACUACAACGUCCCAAACAUAAAGAAGCUCAUAAGUACUUGGAUGUUUGUAGCAAAUCACAUAGAAGAAACCUACAGGAAACCUAACAAGGAUGUCAUCAGAAGGUAUCGAGAAACCAUAGCAGAUGAUACUUGAAGGUCACUACCAUGCCUUUUUUUCAACCUCCUCAUGCUUAGCCACAGUUACAGUGCUUCAAUUGCCUUGCUUUCCCUUGUUGAAGCUUUUGAAACUUCCAUGCGGGCCACUGCUGCGCGUGGAAAACCUUGAUGCAACUCUUUUGUAAACUUUCAUACUUACAUAGGGCUAUGUAAAUACUCUAUAUGUCCUUCCAAUUUUAUCGGGCGUCUUCAGAGUGACAUCAGUUUUGAAGACAACUAACAUUGAUAUAUAAUCUAAACAUUUGUCGGGGGAGGUUCCGAAUUUUUAUUUU